UUUUAUGUCACCCAAAAUAUUGAAGGGGCGAAAAAAAAACAUGGCGUCCCAUGACUCCAUUUUCAAUAGAAAAUUUUUUUACAAGCAACUAUUUUUCAAUAGUUGAAAAAUAUUUUUUCAAUAGUUGGUAAAAUUUUUAAUUUUUCAAUAGUUUUUUUUUUGUUUGUUCCUUAUUUAUUUUUGUCCCCCCCCCCUCGUACCUGAUGAGAGGUCUCGGACAUCAAAGAAAAAUAAUAUUUGCAUCGGCCUUAUUAUAGAAAAAAUGUAGUUAACUUCUACAAACAGAAGUUAUCUAUUUCGAAAAAAAAACAAAUAUCCAGAAAUAGCCUUAGAUAUGCCUUUGAAGGCCAUUUCAUAUCUUAAAGUAAUGUUCUUUGAUAUCUGUAUGUUUGGCACCUCCGUUAGACACUCCAAUGAAAACCACUUCCACAUUACACGAGAAGCAUGUUUUCCGCACAGCGGGAUCGAUUAUCGUUUGUUGUUGGUGAAAAAUUUCAACCUUGUCCCCUACCGACCAAACCGACCAUUCAAGGAAACCAACGAGGCUCCCUGCCGAGUCGAACCAGGGAAAUUUAUUUAUUAAUCUUCGCCCUCGGCCGAAUCCCUGCAGAUCACCGUCAAGUGUCGAACAGUGCGUACAGAGUGAUUGUGCCUCCCAGUUUCCCGGAUUAUUUCGCAGUGGAUUUAGGAUUAGGAUGUACCGGCUGGAAACGGGACAGAUAUUUGCAGCAUUCUGCUGUAUGUCUCUGUUGCCGCAACUUUUAUACCGAUCCAUAUCGGUGGAGGCCCAGCACCAACCUGGGGACGAGACAUGCGAAACGCUCCCAUCGGAAAUUCAUCUUAUAAAAGAGGAGUACGACGAACUGGGUCGUCUCUACCGGACCUGCAACGGGGACGUAACGGUGAACAAGUGCGAAGGCAAGUGUAACAGCCAGGUGCAACCGUCGGUCAUCACAGCCACCGGUUUCCUCAAGGAGUGCUACUGCUGUCGGGAGUCGUUCCUCCGAGAGCGCCAACUCCAGCUGACCCAUUGUUACGAUCCGGACGGUGUCCGGAUGACGGACCACGACUCGGCAACGAUGGAGAUUCGCCUGAAGGAACCCAUCGAUUGCAAGUGCUACAAGUGUGGCGAUUUGGUUCGCUAAGGUGAUCGACAAAAAGAAUGGUGGAAAGUGUUUUGCAAUACUCUCUCUCUUUCUCUCUCGCACUGUUGUAUUAAGGAUAGGAUGGCCCUUUUUCAGUUCGCGUGAUUGUCGUUAGUGCCCGGAAUCGUGAUUGAAAUAAUUUUAUUGGUCUACAAUAUAGUGUAAGUGCCCCUCGAAACAUGAAAUGUUGGUCAAAUCAGUUCUGGUACUAUGGAAACUAAUAAAAAACUAAUGCUGCGAUAUAACAAGUGUUUCAAAAGUAGUGAGCAAUGUUUCAUAUCCAUGAAUAAUUAUACCCUUAAAUCGUGUACGAAACUUACUUCGAAAAAGAAAACUGUAACUCAACUUGCAAGCAACAACAUCUCAGUGAAUGACUAGAAAGUUCAUGUCUUCAAAGUUAUCUACAGAACUCAUGGCUAUCAAAUGAUGAAAUGUUUAGUACGCAAUUCUACCGCAACGUUGCGCUAGUGUGCAUACCAAAUGGAGCGUUUUCAUAUAUUUAUCUUAUGAUUAUAUCAUGAUACAGACCACCAUGAUAACUGAACCACUCAUCAGUUUUUUUUUCUUCCCUUACCUCUGUUUCAAUUAUCCGUCGCAUGGUUUACGAAGGAAGAAAGAGAAGAUACUCCGAUACACACAAGUUUCGGCGAGAUGCGUGCAUCAUCGACUGUGAAGGGGAAGGUAUG